AUGGAAUCCAUGGAACAAAUUACUACUAAUAGAAUGAUCAUAUGGUCUGUAAAAUUAAAAUUAAUUAAUGAUAAUGAUGAACAAUUACUUCGUCUUGUAGCAUCAGUUCGAAUUGAUGAACUACUUGCUAAUCCAGUUUCUUAUCUAGGUAAAUUACUUAUUGAUAUGGGCGAACAUCGACGUGCUGAACAAAUUUUUCUUGAAUUAUUACAAGAUGUUUCUAUUCGUAGUCAGCCACAACGUCUUGUACGUGCGCAUAAGGGUCUCGGCGGUCUUUAUUUAUAUAAGAAUGAAUAUACUACAGCAUUAUAUCAUUUUCAACAAGAACUUCAAACAAGUUUAAUUUAUUUACAACCUAAUCAUCCAAAUCUUGUAUCUAUUUAUAAAAAACUUGGUGAUUGUUAUUUAAAACAGUAUGACUAUAUUCAUGCGAUAGAACAUUAUGAAAAAGCAAUUGAAUUAUUAGAAUAUGAUACACAAAAAGUCAAUUCUGAAACUAUUACUGAUCUAUAUAAUCGUAUUAGUGAUGCAAAACAAGCGGUCAAAAACGAUAACUAG